AUGAGGCACUUGUUAAUCCGAGCAACGUGCAUCUCCUUACUGAAUGAAACUUGCAUAUUGACUGAAUAUUCUUUCCUGAUUUUGCAGUUAAUGGAGCACUGCAUCAAACAGAACAACGCAAUUAAUAUUUAUGAGGAAUACUUUGAUGAUGAAGAGGAAUCUGUUGAAAGAUUUAUCGAACCUUCAUCUGCAAAAACUAUAAAUGUUUUCAGUGACCCCAAUGAAAUUAAGCGGACGGUGUCUCAUAUCUCAUGGCAUCCAGAUCAAGGCCGAAAGCUGGCAAUUUCUUAUUGUUGUCUGGAGUUUCAAAGAGAUGCUGACAAUAUGAGUUAUGAAUCAUACAUCUGGGACAUCGAAAAUACAAAUAAGCAUGACAUGGUAAUAAAGCCAGUAUCACCUCUUCUGUGUCUGGAGUACAACCCAAAAGAUUCACAUAUUCUGGCUGGAGGUUGUUACAAUGGACAAAUGGGAUACUGGGACACACGGAAAGGAAGUCAGGCGGUUGAAAUUCCAACAAUUGAAGUUGGUCAUCGGGAUCCUGUAUACAAGAUUAUUUGGUUACAGUCUAAAACGGGAACAGAAUGUUUCUCUGCUGCUUCUGAUGGACAGGUACUGUGGUGGGAUAUCCGGAAGUUGAGUGAACCUGUAGAGAGACUCAUUCUGGACAUUACAAAGAAGGAUGAUCCAGACAUUGCAUAUGGAGCUGUUUCGCUGGAGUUUGAAAGCACCAUGCCAACCAAAUUUAUGGUAGGGACAGAACAAGGUGUCGUAAUAUUGGGAAAUCGAAAAGGAAAAGUCCCAGCUGAGAAGAUUGUGUCCACCUUCACUGGCCAUCAUGGUCCAGUCUAUGCUGUCCAGAGAAACCCUUUUUACCCAAAGAACUUUCUAACAGUUGGGGACUGGACAGCCCGAAUUUGGUCUGAGGAACUCAGGGACUCGUGCAUUAUAUGUACUAAAUACCACAUGUCCAACCUGACAGAUGGUUGUUGGAGCCCUGUAAGGCCAUCUGUUUUCUUCACAACUAAAAUGGAUGGCACUGUGGAUACUUGGGACUUAUUGUUUAAACAUAGUGAACCAACCCUCAGUGUUAAGGUGUGUGAUGAAGCUCUAUACAGUUUGCGCAUCCAAGACAAUGGCCGAUUACUUGCCUGUGGUUCUCACCGAGGCACAACAACACUGCUCGAGUACUCAUCAGGUUUCUGUACUUACCAGAAAAAUGAAAAAGCACUUGCAAAUGCGAUGUUUGAGAGGGAGACAAAACGGGAGAAGAUUCUGGAAGCACGUCAACGUGAGUUACGUGUAAAAGAACGUGCUAAAUCUGAACAAGGAAGGGCGGUGGAAAGCAAAGAAGUCGAUGAGGAGGAGACUAUUAAAUACAAAAUUGCAAAAGCUGAGGAAACAUUCUUUGAAACUAUUGAACAAGAAAGAGAGAGAUUUGAGGUGGAGACAGAAAAAAUGGACCAACAGGAAAAGGAAACAUCAGAGGAAGAAGAUGAUGAGACGGAUGAUUACUAACUGGAGAAUGCAAUUUGAGUCUGCAGCAUCAACUGAAUAAAUUAAUUCAUUUUGCUUAGUUAUUGAAAGAACAGCCAACGUCCAGAAGAUCAACACCUUGAAACUGUAUAUUGACAUCUGGACAUUAGA